CGGCAAGGCUGCGACGACCGAGAAAAGCGGAAGCGUGAAGCCAUUGGAAGGCCAGCGCUCGCCAUGAUGCGCAGCGCGGCAUUUAGGUCUGUCCGUCGCGCGCUUUUUGGGAGCCUGGGUUCUAUUGUUUCUGCUGCACGGGCGGCGGUGCGCAGUGUGUCGGAGAACUUGCAGAAAUUUCGGGUGGUGUAUGAACGUCAGCGGCCCGCGGAGAUUGUCUGA